AUGCGGCACAUCGGUGUGAACCCGGAGCUGCAGAAUCGGCUGCCCCGAUUCUACAGCCAGAUCACCAACAACAAGUGGUUCACGCUCAACGACGUGGUGAAGCGGAUCGACUUCUUCGACGUCAUCUACCUCUACUUGGUGUUUGGGCUGACCGUCACACUCGUGUUCUGGAUUCGGUAUAUGCAGUUGAGGAUGCGCUUCAUCCACAACGAGGACGUCGAGUUCUGGCGCCAGCGGCUGGCCCAGCAGCUCAAAAUGGCCGAGCAGCGCGGGAAGGCGAAGGGCACGACUGCUGUCAUUCAGCCGGCGAAGAAGAGCGAGACGGAGACGAAGGGAUCGAGUGAGGACGGAGGGGUACGGCCGCACGUCUCCAAGAAGGUCAUUCCCGAGAAAAUGCCGAGUGCCGCAAAGGUCAAGAAGGAGGAAAUCGACCCCGGCGACGACAAGAAGGCGGCGCUGCCCAGGGCCAAACGCGGAAAUCGUGUCGAGUUACUUGCCGAGCAGGAGCGGAUGAUCGACGACCUGCCGGAGACGGUGGUCGAGGGAGAGAUGCAGAAGAAAAAGAAGAAGGGCAAGGGCGGCAAGACGAAGACGGUCACAAAGCAAGAGACGGGAACACGGAGCGGGACAGAAUCGGCGGCACAUAAGAAAAAGCAGAGGGUUAAACCAUCGGGCCGCUCUGGUGCUGCGAAGCCGCAGUCUCGCGAGAAGAAGACGACGACCGAGGCGCAGGCGACCAAGACGAGGGACAAGGAUACCAAAUCGCAAGAUGGAGGAACCAAGACCGUCGGUGGCGGCGGCCAUUCGGGUGGCCAUUCCGGCACAUUCAAGAUCCACAUGGCAAGGGCCGGGCCUGAAACGGUGGUCUCGGGGCGCCAGAAGCGCGGCAAGUCGCCGCCGCCAAAACCUACUUCUCAAAAACCUGCGGCAUCGGGCGCGAAGCCCGCCCCGAAGAAGCCGGCGGAGAAGAGCGGCAAGACGGAGAAGACACAGAUGUCGAUCGGGCCGAAGGAAACUGAGGCUCCAAAAGAAGCGCCAGCUACCCCGGCCGACUCGCCGAAGCCGCCGUCAAGCGGCCAGGGCAAACCUGCCCCCCUCGUCGACCACGACCAGCAGACCCAAGCGAUGACCGUCGUCCCGAAGAAGCCGGCGGCU